AUGUACUUGCCGCAGUGUAAUUCAAUGUACAGUUCGGUGACGCCGGCGACGUACACGGUGUACGCGCCCGAACCCAACGGCUAUGGAUACUAUCAGUAUCAGUCGAAUAUGCAGCCGAGUCCGCAAGACACCAACUAUAUGGUUGUCCAACAGCAGCAACAGCAGCAGCAGCAGCAAGGAGCGACGUCGCCUGGAUCAGUCGAUGACAAUGAUUCGAAUAGUUUGGGACAUACGACGCGAGCGUCGCCGGCUACGAUCCAAUGGCUUUUGGAUAACUAUGAGACGGCUGAUGGCACCUCACUUCCAAGAUGCACCUUGUAUGAUCACUAUAAAAGGCAUUGCGUUGAGCAUCGCCUCGAUCCGGUGAAUGCCGCCUCGUUCGGCAAACUCAUUCGAAGCGUGUUCCUCGGCCUACGAACGCGUCGGCUCGGCACACGCGGCAACUCGAAAUACCACUACUAUGGGAUACGCAUCAAGCCCGAUUCGCCGCUGAUGCACGCCACCGCGGCGGCCGCCAACGCCGCCGGCAUGUCGAACAAUCACAUCGCCUAUUGUCAAGAUGGCUAUUCGGAGACGGUCAACACGGUGGCGUCUAUCAAAUACGACGAAUGUCCGCCGAUGCACGCCGUCAAGCGAAUGAAGACCGAAUCAUCGUCGUCGUCGUCGUGUCGAGACAGCGUCUCGCCGAUAAUGAAGCACACGGCGGUGUUGGCGCGUCCGGCGCCGCCGACAUCGCAGCCGCUCGAGCCGUCGCAUCGGCAAGUCACCGACGAGGAUCGCAACUCGAUUGCCGAUUUGCCGCUCGUCUCGCUCUCGUUUCAAACGUCGGCGAGCCUUGAGGCGAACUUGCGCAAACUCAUGCUCACCACCGAGCACUUGGAGAAGUUCAUCAACUCCUACAAUUUCAUGUGCAAAGAGAUUCUGAGUUUGGUGAAGAAGCUCGAGUUCGACGGCGUUCAGGAUUGCUGGAUGAGGUUCUGGCACGGCAACGACUCCACGUUCACCAUCACCAGAGAGGAGCUUCUCGCGUUGUGCACCGUCGAGCAGGUCCAAGAUUACAUCAUCGAGGUCGACUUGAACCUCUACCAGACGAUCGUCGAUUGCCUCAUCCCAAAUGUGCUAAUGUCGCAAUUAAGCACAUCGUUGACGCAAACGUGUCGAUAUUUCGCGAAGAACAUCGACAUCAAUCUCGGGCGUUGUCUCCAGCACAGCGGGAUACCCGAGAAGCUGCAGAAGAAGAAGCUCCAGGCGGUGAGGUACAUGCAAGUGGGAAUGAAGAGGUAUACGUCGUUGAAUCAUUUGGCGCAAGCGGCGAGAUCGGUUCUUCAGAAGCAGGAUCAGGUCGUUCAGAUGUACAACGAUUUUAAGAAUGUCGACAUGCAACAGGUGCAAGAGCAGGCCGGCUGGAUAUGCGGUUGCGACAAAACGAUGGUCGAGCACAUGCACGCGGCGUUCAAGACGAACCUCGAACGAAUGACGCCGAUGACGGAAUGGGCCGAAUGGCUCGAGAGCAUCGUCGAUCAGGUGCUUGCGAAGUACCACGACAAGCCGGCGAAGGACAUCGCCGAAGUCGGCAAACAGUUCCUAUUGAAUUGGAGCUUCUACACGUCGAUGAUCAUCAAAGAUCUCACGCUUCGCUCGGCGACGUCGUUUGGCUCGUUCCAUUUGAUUCGCCUAUUAGCCGAUGAUUACAUGUUCUAUUUGAUCGAGUCGAAAAUCGCCAAGGCCGGCAAUCAGCAGGUCAUCACCGUCAUCCAUCAGCAGUGCAAAUCGGCGACCCACGAAUACAUCAUACCGACGAAUAGCAGUCAGCGGAGUUUGGAUUCGUUUAGUUUAGAUGAAGUCAAUAGUGAAGUGCCAUCGUUGUAA